GUCCGGCAGUGGCGUGGUGCGUUUGGGCGAGCGGCUGCGUCGGCUCCGUCACUGGUCCACGAGCAGAGAGAAUGGCCUCUGCCCUGUACCUGAGUCUGGUGCUGAGCGGAGUCGGCGUCUGCCUCGCCGCUCCCGACUUCUACUCGGCCUGGUGCCCCUGCAGGCGCUCCAACCAGUGUCCCGUGCCGUACGGCAGCUUCUUCGACGACAUCGCCCUGUUCGGAGAGGUGCCGCCCUGCAAGAAGUUCGACUACGUCCGCUGCUGCUCGUCCAGCAACAUUCCGGAGGGUUUCGACUUGGCGCGGCGGCCCGAGUACCUGCCGCGCGCGGUGGCACCCGCAGAGAACAGACAACAGGGCCGGCUGCUGGCCGUCGCAGCCGACACCGAAAUCGACUUGCAGAGCAUCGAAAAGCGACAGGAUGUCAUCGACUUCAAGGCAGCCCAGGAAAAGCUGAAGCGCGACAUCGCCAACGGGAUUGACAACCCGAACCCGCCGUGCGGCUGCUACACGGCCGGCACCUGCCCGGGCCGGUACUCGACCAAGUCGACCGGCCGCGACAUCGGCUGUCUGGCCGGCUUCGAGACGUGCUGCUUCCUCGACGACCCGUGGCCCAACUACCAGGUCACCAACCUCACCAUCAACGCGCCCUGCUCCAUCGAGGAGGCGUGCUCGCGCUUCUUCGGCAGAUCGCCGUUCGACAUCGCGUCAUUCGGUCCGCUGGAGCCGUGCUACCUGGGCCAGAACCGGUGUCUGGACUACCUGGCUGACAGCACCGGCAACACUCCCACCGUCGUGAGACCCCCCACAACGCAGGCGCCCACCACCAGGCGAACGACCACGCGGCGCACGACCACUCGGCGAACAACUACGACGCGGCGUCCUACGACUACCUACCGCACCACGACACGCCGUCCUACAACCACCUACCGCACCACAACACGACGUCCCACAACCACCUAUCGCACUACGACACGUCGUCCUACGACCACGUACAGGACCACCACGUCGCGACGUUUCCCAACUACCUACAGAACCACGACGCAGCGCCCCACGACCACCUACCGGACCACAACCGAGAGGCAGCCAGAGCCGGAGCCAGCUCCGAGCGGCGGCAGCAGCAACAACAUCAUCGACAUCAUCACCAACGGAGCCUACCUGCCCCCGUCCUACGACUUCGGCAACGCGGCGGAGCGGGCAGAGCCGGACGACAUCCAGUUCGCCCUACCGUUCUGAGCAAGCACUGCUGUAAGUCAGAGAUUCUCACAGAACACUCCUGCAGUGAUCUUUGUGCUUUUGGAGGAGGGAAGGGAUUGUUGUGCUUUGAGAGCUGCUGGCAAGCUGAAGUGUCCUAAUCUACCCAAAGCGCGCAAUCAGUAGCCAAUUUAUGUAGGCGGCUUGUCCUCAAAUUUCAAUGAUAGAGUCGGUAGUCACCAGAACGUGCUUGAAAACAGGCCAGUGGAAAGACGAAGGUGUAGCUCUUGUGUCGAACGAAACAAGGUAAAAUUGAGUAGCGUUGGCCAGUCCAGAAAUGGAGAACGUGAGCCACCAUGGUUGAAUCUGAUGCCUGGUUAGGGGAUGGCGGCUCAACGCAUCCCUCAGAAACCGGGGCUGUCUGUCUGUUGGGAGGAAAUUGGCUAAGUCCCAUUGUCGAUGAUGAGUGUUCACCACGUCCCCUUACGGACCAGUCCUGCCGCUGCUGCGCCAGUCGGCUGCUCUGAGUGUUGUUCUGUAUUCAGUUUAUGAGCGCGCUCGUGGCGCCGUGUGUGCGUCGGUCGUACGUCGGGUGUGUUUUCGUGCCUGCCGGACCGGUAUCAGAUGAAACGGCCCGGCUCGGACGCGAGGCGUCGGAGAGUCGCGCCGCUGAGCGCGACAAAUCGCGCACGCCGCUUGUUUUGUUUCUCGUCGACGUAAUACAGUGUGUGUGCGGAGGAGUGUAA